GCGCCGGACGUCGCUCCCUCGUUUCUUUCGUCUCUUUAUCGCAUUUUACCCCUUUUUUAUCUCCCUCUUAACCAGACUGUUGCAUGUGCGGCCACGAACAGCCGCACUGGCAGUUCGACGCUGCUUCUCUGUGUUUUCUGACUCACUCGCAUUGAAAUGAAGCGCCUAAUACGAACUCUUGCUACUCGGGCAGCUGCUUCGAAAGCGAGAUUUAAUACCACAAGCACUGUCAAUGGAAGUAUUCCUGAUAGUUCAUCCACGAAGUGGAAGCCUUUCCGAGAAAUACCCAGAAUUCCAGCGCUACCAGUGAUCGGAAGUUCAUGGAUAUACUCACGCUGUUUCCGGAAUCGCCACCCCGACGAAAGACACAAGGUCUCCAUGGAAAUGUACCGGAAGUACGGGCCCAUUUAUGUCGAGAGGCUACAGGGGCGGUACUCGCUGGUGCACAUCGUCAAAGGCACGGACAUACGGAAACUACACCAGGAAGAAGGCAGGGAGCCAUUCAGGUUGGGAGCGACGCCCUUGAAGCACUUCCGUACGUCCAGGCCCGAGUACUACGCCGACGCCGGUCUUCUAAAUCUCCAAGGUAAAAAGUGGCACAGGGUCCGGUCGAGCACGCAGCCACACACGCUGAAAGUUGGAAGGACAAUGGCAUACGUGCCCGCCAUGCACAGAAUCUCCGACGAAGCUCUGACUCUCAUUGAUGAGGUCAUGGACAAAAACGGCGAAGUAAAGAACUGCUUUCGUAUCCUCCAGCAAUGGGCCCUGGAAAGUAUAGCUUCCGUCACCGCCGACAUCAGGCUGCGCUGUUUGAAGGACCCGCUCGAUCCAACAUCUGACGGUGCCGCCAUACUAGAGGACAUAAAGGUUGCUUUUACUUCCAUACAAAAGCUCGGCUACCGGUUUCCGUACUUCCACUACUUGAGGACGCCCACUUGGCGACGUUUCGAAAAAGCUAUGGACGACUUCACAGAGCGCACAUACCGUCUCAUCGAAGAAGCAGCCCGGCGUAUGGAGUGUCAAAAGCUGGAAACCGAGUCAACUGUAUUACGAAGCCUGCUACUGGAAAAGAAGUUGACCUUUGGAGAAAUUUUCACAUUCACUAGCGAUUUCAUUCUCUCAGGCGUUGAUACGACGGCGUUUGCAACGACCUGCCUGCUGUUCCAAUUAGCGAAGAAUGGAGAAGCUCAGAAGAAAGCGCGCGAUGAAAUUCUGAAUGCUACUCGGGAGAACUCGGGCUUGAUAGCGCCAGAACAAAUUGAGAAAAUGCUGUUCCUGAAGGCGUGCCUCAGAGAAAGCCUAAGGUUGAACCCACCUGCUCCUGGAAUUUACAGAAUACUGGAACGUGACGUUGUGUUGUCCGGCUACGUGGUCUCAGCUGGGGUGCCUAUCUUUGUAGAUUACUACGUCGCUGGACGCAUCAAGGAAAAUUUUAGCCAUCCAGAGCUGUUCCUACCUGAGCGCUGGCUGAAAGAGCAGCCAGAAAACCUGCACCAUGACAGAUACGCAUCCCUUCCGUUUAGCUUUGGACCGCGGAUGUGUCCUGGCCGAACAACAGCGGAGCUCCACGCAUGCCUUCUUGUAGCCAAGAUUUUGCUGAAGUACGAGGUUCAUUGUGAGAAAGAAGACAUCGGGUUUCAUGGACGGUUGGGCAACGUACCGAAUGACUCAGUCGACUUCUCUUUCAAAAACGUUUCUACGCCAGCUGUAUCAAAAAUGGCUUAAUGAGCAGGUGUUAGGUGUCACUCUAAGCAUACUGCGCUGAGACAUCGUGGUGGUACACUAUAAUGACAACCUGUAAUUAGGGUAUUGAAUUAAGUAAGAAAAUCACUGUUUGCUAAUUACUUGACUCACAUAUAUACAGAAACAGUGCGCUGAGAAGGAAUACUACAAUAGAGCAGUCUAAAAUAAGAGGCUACGCGGAACAUGCGGCCAUAAUUCAGGCCAGCAAAGCGAGGAUGACGCUUGGGACCUUCCGAUCGAUUGCGCACUCAUCGAGGUUGUUUACGAGCCCAGGGCUGCUCUGAAGCCGUGGUAUAGAGGCUGAAUGCUUGCUUC